AGGUGGCCGCGCUGAAGCGCCAGAGGCCCAGCAUCUGGGAGGCCGCCCAGAAGGUCCUUGAGAAGUGCAUCGGGCCUGUGAAGCGGCUCGGCGCCUUCUUCCAGGAGGACAUGCCGCCCCGCGUGGUGGCCCAGCUCGCCGCGGCGGUGCCCGUGGUCGCUUGCCGCGCGGUUUGCGAUUGGUACUUCCAGAGGUGCCUCGUAGACUCCGACCAGCUGGAGAAGUGGUGGAGCAAUACCAAGGCCACGCUGCAGCGGCGCGAGGCGCUGUGGGACCGCCUGCUCGAGCAGGAGGGGCUCCUGCUGCGCCGCAUCGGGGAGGAGGAGGAGGAGGAGAGGCGGCGGUACACGACGCUCGCCACCUUCGGCGGCACCGAGCUGGAGGUGAGGGAGUUGCUCUCCCCGGGUCACGCGGCAGCCGAGCUCGACACGCCGGAGGGCGGCAUCCCCGCGAAGUUGGAGGACUCGGUGUCCCUGGUCGCCAACGUCGUGUCGGAGAUGGUGCGGCGGCUGAGGCAGAUCCGGGACUCGGCACUGUGGCGGGUGAUCGACGCCGCGCAGGCCAUACACCGGCAGCUGUGCGAUGAGGCGGCGCUGGUGGAGGUGUCGCCGUGGCAGGCGACAGGGCCCGCGGAGGGCCUGCUGGCCCUCUUCGAGGCGCUGGACGACGGCGCCGGCGCGCUCGACAGCAGCGCCUGCGCCGACACGCCGCCCAGCUGCAGAGACGAGGCCGCGGUGGUGGACAUGGCCCUCAUUGUCAUGAGGCGGCUGGAGCACCUCGGCGCUGUGGCCGCGGACCUGCGCGGGCACCUCGCGGCGCCGGGCGGCGCCGCGGUGCCCUCCGGGGAGCCGGACGGCGUCGACGCGGUGCUCUGCGGGGUCUGCGCGGCGGCCGCCUCCCUCAACGAGGAGCUGCUGGGGCUCGUCGACGAGCCCUCCGCCGAGGCCGUGGAGGCCUGGCUGGGCCUGUGGCGCGGCGCCCUCGCGGAGGCGACGGGCGGCCGGAGCCUGGAGGGCGCCCUCGCCGCGCGGGCCUUUCGCCCCGACUCGGAGCUCGGCGGCGCGGAGCGCCAGGGGCGGAGGAGGUGGAUGGAGCUGCUCCGGGGCCUCCAGGUCUUCCUGGACGACCCCGCCCUGCAGGCCGAGGUGACCGCCCCCCUCGGGCGCCUCGUGGCGCCCGCGCCGCCGUCGGCGAGCGGCCCGCUGUUGGCGCCCGCCUCGCCCGCCAGGGCGGCGGAGGGCGACGCAAGCAUGGAGCUGCUCUCCACGCCGCCCUCGCCGAACCUGGCGCUCUCUGCCCUCGCGCUGCCCCGUGCCGGCGGCCCGUUCCGCCCGCCGCAGAGGCUCACCGGGGGCGCCCCGCAGCCCGGGGCGGCCGAGGAGCUGGUGCUCGAGGCGCCCCCGCGGCCCGCCUACCUCGCCGGCUGGCGUCCCGGCUCGGCCUCGCGCCCGGGGGCGCUGGAGGCGGGCGGCUCGGAGCCGAGCGGCCCCGGCCAGGCCUCCAGGUUCCUCAACGGGCACUACGCAGUCCCGCGCCCAGCGUCGGCGGGCACGCGGCUGCCGCCGCUCGAGCUCUCGCCCACCGCCGCGGGCUAGGGGGGGGCGUGGCGCGCUGCCCGCCGCGGGUGACGCCAGGGGGCGCG